GCCUGUUCACAACUGCACUGCUACCACCGCUCGCCAUGGGUCGCGGAGUCUUGCUUACAUCCAAUCUCCCUCAGCUCCAAAAUCUCAUCAAACGUGACCCGACGGCGUACAAGGAGGAGUUUCUACAGCAAUGGAACCACUACAAUAGUAUUCGCCAGAUCUUCCUCAUAAACCCGGAUGAACAGGCGCAACACUUCAGGGAGUUGGUAGCCUUCAUCGCUCAGGUGUCGCAAUGUUACUCCAAAGAGACCGCCGAGUUCCCGUCCCACCUAUCCACGAUGCUGCUUGAAAAUUAUGGCACGCUCUCGCCCGAUACCCGGAAGUCCCUUGUACAAAACUUGGUCAUGCUUAGGAACAAGGAUGUAAUAAGUUCCAUUGAACUGCUCAAGACCCUUUUCCCCCUGCUUCCGCGUACCACCUCAUCAUCUCUCCGUGCCUUCAUUCGGCGAACCAUCCUCUCUGACAUUCGGACCGCGAACCUCCGUACGAAGAACCACAAGCUCAACCGAGCCGUACAGGCGAUGCUCUUCGGCAUGGUAGAGCGCGGCAUGGACCAGGAGGUCGUCGGCGACAAGGGCAAGCUCCGUGCCGCUGCGGGUCCUGCGCAGAAUGGCGGCGAUGCUAUGUGGGCUAUUGUCCUGACGAAGGAGUUGUGGAGGAAGGGUAUCUGGAAUGACGCGAAAACCGUCUCCAUCGUCGCGCUUGGAUGUUUCCACCCGGUUGUCAAGGUUCAGAGUGCAUCCCUGCAUUUCUUCCUCGGGAGCGACGAAGAGAAGGAGGACAGUGACGACGAGUCGGAAGACGAACCUGAUGUGAAGGGAUUACAACAUCGUAGGGAGAUCAACAAGAAGACUAGGAGCGGAGACAAAAAGAUUAGGAAGACGAUCAAGUCCAUUAAGUCGAAACAAAAGAAGAAGGCGGACGCGAUAACACCUAACUUCCCCGCCAUCCAGUUGCUCAACGACUCUCAGACAUUCGGCGAGAAGCUCUACGACAAUCUCAAUCGCUACGACAAACGUCUCUCCCUCGACCAUAAGAUCCUCAUCAUGCAUCUUCUCUCGCGUGUCAUGGGCUCGCACAAGCUCUGCGUGCUCGGGUUCUACACGUAUAUCGUGAAGUACCUCACCUACCAUCAGCUGCGCAUCCCUUCGAUCCUGGUCGCGCUCGCGCAGUCCGUUCACGACCUCACGCCACCUGACGCCCUAACACCAGUGGUCCGGAAGCUCGCGCAGGAAUUUGUACAUCCCGGUGUAGGGAGCGAAGUCAUCGCGGCCGGUCUGAACGCGAUCCGGGAGGUAUGCAGACGUCAGCCGUGGGCUAUGGAGGAGGACCUGCUGGGAGACUUGAUUGAAUAUCGGAAGAGCCGGGACAAAGCCGUCACUGCGGCAGCGCGUGGUGUGCUUCAGCUAUUCCGGGAAGUCAACCCCGGAAUGCUCAAACGGCGGCAGCGUGGCAAGGAAGCCAGUAUGAACGUAGCUGGCGGCAGCCAACCACUGCCGUUCGGUCACAGCACCGAUGCAGCGGUGGAUAUCGAGGGCCUCGUGCUUCUCGAAGAUCACUUACAGAAGCUACGUGAAGAGGAAGGCGUGGCGUCCGAUGCGGAAGGCGAUGAUGAGGCUGGUUGGGAAGGCUGGGACCUUGAGUCUGACUCGUCCGAAGAAUCGGAUGUCUCUGAAGGGUGGAUUGACGUCGACUCAGGCGGAGAAGACGACCUAGACAUCAGCGACAGUGAAGACGAGGCGGACAAGAAGGAUGCGAAAGGCAAGAGCAAGGCUAAAGGCGAGGACGAACCCCCAGCCAAAGCAGACGAGACUGCCGCUGCGAGGAUAUCGUUGCUCGCUACCACUAAGAUCCUCACUCCCGCCGACUUCGCGCUGCUCAAUGAUCUCCGCCUCCAAGCGGCGUCCGAUGCUGUAGAGCGAGGCGGUGGCUCUUCUGCUAAACGGAAGCUCGCCACAUUAGAGGCAAGUAAGAGGAUUAUGCAAACAGGUAACAACGCGGAAACCUUCAUCUCCGAGGACGACAUUCUCGGGCCCCGCAAGAAGGCCAAGUCCGACUACGCCGAGCGCAUAGCAUCCAUCGAGAAGGGCCGAGAGGGACGCGAGAAGUUCGGCUCGCUCAAGGGCAAGAAAAAUAAAGCCGCGCCGAGCAGUUCCACGAACAGAGAGAAGGCAAGGAACAAGCCAAUCAUGAUGAUCCUUUCCAGCGGUGCGGUACGAAGCAAGAAGAAGGCGUCGCUCAGGGACAAACAACGAAAACUCAGAGCACAUAUCGACCGAGCCAAGAAAGGUCACCACUGAGCGCCACCUCUUGUCUUUCACAUUCAUUGUGGCGUCCAUCGCGUGGGGCAAACGGGUUGAUCUUAUGUGGUAUGCCUCUGUAUGAAGCUCCUAAUUCGCUUCUCCCCAUCGUGACUUGCUGGUUAUGUAUUGAGUCCGGCGUCAUUGGUCAUUCGCGUUGCUAGCUCGACGUGUGCGAAUGUGUGGUGAAGGUGAGGCUGUUUAUAACCCUGUGUGUCGGUAUAAGCAUCUCGAUGUACACGUACACGAACAACGUGCAUCGA